AGAAGACGAGAACCAUAUAAAUCCGCUUAAAUUCCCCUUCCCCCUUUCACUCUUUUUCUCUCUUAAACAGCUCCAAAGAAACCCUAACAAAAAUGUCCGGGUACGGUCACGAAGGAGACGGAUCUGCUCCACCGCCCGUUGGUGGAGGCUACGGUGGAAGUAGCGGUGGCUACGGAGGUAGUGGUGGAGGUUACGGAGGUAGCGGUGGCGGUGGAGGCGGAUAUGGAGGCAGGGGCGGGGGAGGUGGUUACGGAAGCAGUGGUGGUGGAGGCAGUUACGGAAGCAGUGGUGGUGGAGGUGGAUCCUAUGGCGGAAACCGUGGCGGAGGUGGAGGAUAUGGAGGCGGCGGCCGUGGUGGAAGUGGAGGCGGAGGUGGAGGCGGAGGCGGAGGGUAUGGCAGUCGAGGUGGAAGUGGUGGCAGAGAAGGAGGUGGUGGUGGAGGAUACGGUGGUAACUCACAAAAUCGUGGUGGAGGUGGAUAUCAAGGCGGAGAUCGUGGGCGUGGAGGCGGAGGUGGUAGAGGUGGUGGACGUGGCAGUGGUAGAGAAGGAGACUGGCCUUGCCCUAAACCGGGCUGUGGCAAUUCGAAUUUUUCUUGGAGAGCCGAGUGUAACAAAUGUGGGACCCCCUCUCCUGCUGGCACGGGUGGUGGUGGUGAUCGUGGGCGUAAUGAUGGUGGCAGUUACAAUAAAGGUGGCGGUGGACGCAGUGACAGCAGAGGUGGGAGUGGUGGUGGAUAUGGUGGUGAUAGAGGAGGUAGGGGCGACUAUGAUGGUGGGAGUGGUGGCGGAAGUAGAGGAGGCGGUGGUUCCUAUGGCGGCAGUCAAGGAAGAGACAGCGGUGGUUAUGGUCAGGGGGCGGCAGCAGGGUAUGGCGGAUCUGACAGUAGUUACCCUCAACCACCUUCCUCAUAUGGGGCUAACACUGGUUAUGGAACCGAUGCUGUCCCUCCACCUGCAAGCUAUAAUGGUGGACCAACUUCAUAUCCACCUUCUUAUGGUGGUGGUGGAGGCGGUUAUGGUGGAGAUUCUGGUGGUGGCCGUGGUGGCUCAGGUGGUGGAUAUGGCGGUGCUCCACAGAGUCAAGGCGGUUAUGGUGGUGGUUCUCCUGCUACUGAUGCACCUGCGAAGGUGAAGCAGUGUGAUGAAACUUGUGAUGAGUCGUGUGACAAUGCAAGAAUUUAUAUCUCAAAUUUGCCUCCAAAUGUGACUGUUGAUGAAUUGAGAGAACUCUUUGGAGGCAUUGGACAAGUUGGGAGAAUUAAGCAGAAGCGAGGAUAUAAGGAUCAGUGGCCUUAUAACAUUAAGAUCUACACUGAUGAGAAAGGAAACAACAAAGGAGAUGCUGCUUUGGUUUAUGAGGAUCCUUCUGCAGCACAUUCUGCUGGGGGAUUCUACAACAAUUUUGAAUUGAGAGGUUACAAAAUUAGUGUGGGAAUGGCUGAGAAAUCAGCUCCAAGGGCUCCUCCUGCUCAUGGUGGUGGUGGUGGUGGUGGAAGAGGAGGUGGCGGAGGCUAUGGUGGUGGUGGUGGACGCAGGGACAACUACAGAGAUGGUGGUCCGGAUAGGAACUCUCAUGGUGGGAAUCGGUCUAGGCCAUACUGAUGAUGAAGGGGAUUUAAAAUUAUUAAAAACUGUGAAGAAGAGAGGAGGAUUGCAGGCAGGCAGGCAGGGGGUUGUUCUUGUUCUUGUUCCCUUGGGGAGGGAGUUUAAGAGGUAGGUUUAUCAAAUAUCAUGCACUUGCUUGCUUGCUUGCCCCUUUUCUCCUCACUUUUUUUUUUUUUCUUGAUAAAAUCAGAUGUUGUUAAGGGGGAUUAAUUGUGUGAAUGUUUUUAUAGAGGCCAAUGAAUGCCAAGACUAGAGGAUCAUAUAUGUGUACUCCAAAUCUGCUUCUUCUUCUUCUUCUAUAAGGUAGGUAGAUUAAGAAAUAUUUUUGCAGGUGAGUGUUGCUGUUGCUUGCUUUUUCAAUAACAACCAACCAAAAAUACUACUAUGACUACUCCUGCCUGAUUCAUUUUGCCUUUUUUCUUCUCAACACUAUUCUGAUGAUUAAAACCAAAAUCUGCUGGAUGAGCUGUGUCGGUUUCACCUUCUUUUCAUUGUAAACUGUGUUGGCCCGCCCUUAGGGUUCUUUGUGUUUUGUUUUUUGUUUCUGUUGCUGUGCUGUGCUGUGCUGUGAUGUGGUGAAAGCAGCAAGGAGCUGGAGUAUUUUUGAAAACAUGACUACUAAACAUGCUUCUAAUGACGUAAUAUACCGAGCAUUUGAAAUAUGUAAACUAAUGAUAUGCAGUUUGUAUGAUUAAGUAGGAGAGAACAUGAGCUUAACUCUGUAACCAACUUUUUCUUUAUUUAACAUAAAUCUUGCAAAAUACAA